CGAAUGUAACAUUUCAUCGAUCUAACAGUAUAGCUAGCAUUCCAAGUAAUUGAAUUCUUCCAAAAGAAGUGUGUUUCUUGGAAAAUCUGCUGAACUGUGCAACGACUAUGAGUUCCGGAGAAUGUCAGACGGGAAACAAGGGCGAUUAUGAUGAGGAGGAAAAAGAGGACGCCCCGCCCCCGCUCGACGAAGGCGAUAUUGUCUUACUGAAAUCAUACGGUUUAGGUCCUUACAGCACUAAAAUUAAAGACGUCGAAAAAGAAAUCAAAAAACACCAGCAAACGGUCAAGGAUUUGAUUGGUAUCAAAGAAUCGGACACUGGCCUUUCUCCUCCGAGUAUGUGGGAUUUGAAUGGCGAUAAACAAAUGAUGUCGGAAGAGGCACCCUUACAAGUUGCACGGUGCACCAAAAUUAUUACGGGAGACUCCGACGCGAGCAACGAAGGCGCGUCCAGUGCUGUUUCUACCAGCACCAAGUAUGUCAUUAACGUCAAGCAAAUUGCCAAAUUUGUGGUGGGACUGGGUGAGACAGUGGCACCUACGGAUAUCGAAGAAGGUAUGCGUGUAGGAGUUGAUCGUUCCAAGUACAGUAUUCAAAUUCCUUUGCCACCCAAGAUCGAUCCUACCGUGAGUCUUAUGACAGUCGAAGACAAGCCAGAUGUCACGUAUGAUGAUGUUGGAGGUGCUAAGGAUGCCAUGGAGAAGCUUCGCGAAGUUUUGGAGUUGCCUUUACUGCACCCGGAACGAUUUGUGACGCUGGGAAUCGAUCCUCCUAAGGGUGUAUUAUUGUACGGUCCUCCGGGAACCGGAAAAACAUUGAGUGCUCGUGCGGUUGCCAAUCGUACCGAUGCUUGCUUUAUACGUGUCAUUGGUUCCGAGCUUGUACAAAAGUACGUCGGCGAAGGCGCCCGUAUGGUGCGCGAACUCUUCACUAUGGCCCGGUCCAAGCGUGCGUGCAUCAUUUUUUUCGACGAAAUCGAUGCGAUCGGUGGCGCUCGUACUGGAUCAGACGAGAAUGGAAGUGAUAAUGAGGUACAGCGAACCAUGUUGCAGAUUGUGACCGAGCUUGACGGAUUUGAUGCCCGUGGAAAUAUCAAGGUUUUGAUGGCGACGAAUCGGCCCGACACACUAGACCCGGCCUUGUUGCGCCCGGGACGUUUGGAUCGGAAGGUUGAGUUUGGGUUGCCCGACUUGGAAGGGCGCGGACACAUUCUACGCAUUCACUCAAAGCGCAUGAACUGCGACCGGGAUAUUCGGUUUGAACUGAUUGCGCGCUUGUGUCCGAAUACUACCGGAGCAGAGUUGCAUUCAGUUUGCACGGAAGCAGGUAUGUUCGCCAUUCGAGCACGACGUAAAAAUGUAAGCGAAAAAGACUUUUUGGAGUCUGUCAACAAAGUUGUCAAGGGAUACAAAAAGUUCAGUUCUACACCUAAAUAUAUGGUAUACAACUAAAACGAUAACUUUGUG